AAAACAUCCUUAAAGAUGAAAGCUGAAGGCAAUGUUUCCACAGUGAAGCAAUUUAUCCUCCUGGGAUUCUCUGACCUUCCAAAUCUCCAAGGGUUCCUUUCUGGGAUGUUCUCCAUAGUUUACACAAUUAUUAUAAUUGGAAACAGCCUCAUCAUCAUAAUCACAACAGUAGACCCUGCGCUGCAAAAACCGAUGUAUUUUUUUCUAGCCAAUUUUUCUUCCCUGGAAAUGUGUUAUGUGUCAGUCAUUCUCCCUAGGAUUCUGUUCAACAUUUGGACACAGGAUAGGUCCAUCUCUCUGCUACAUUGUGCCACCCAAAUGUGCUUCUUCCUUGUACUGGCAACUACUGAAAGUUUCCUCCUGGCAGUGAUGUCCUAUGACCGCUACGUAGCCAUCUGCCAGCUUCUCCACUAUAUACUAAUCAUGAACCCAAAGAAUUGCAUUCAGCUGGCAGCUGGAGCCUGGCUCAUUGGCAUGCCAGUCCAGAUCGGACAAACAUGGCAAUUAUUCUCUCUGCAUUUUUGCAGUUCUAACCAAAUUGACCACUUCUUCUGUGACAUACCUCCCAUUAUCAAGCUGGCUUGUGAGGACACUUCGGUACAUGAGUUGUCUGUGUUUCUAGUAUCCAUGCUGUUUGCUGCGGUCCCUUUUUCAUUGAUUCUUGCUUCUUACAGCAAAAUCAUUUCCACCAUUGUGAAAUUGCCAGCAGCCCAAGGACGGGGUAAGGCCUUCUCCACCUGCUCUUCCCACCUGCUGGUGGUAGUUUUAUUUUAUGGAACUGCGAUCAUUACCUACUUAAGGCCCAAAUCAAGUCAUUCUCCAGGAAUUGACAGAUCACUCUCUCUUUUCUACACCAUUGUGACUCCCAUGUUCAACCCACUGAUAUACAGCCUGAGGAACAAGGACAUGAUUGCUGCACUGAGAAAAGUAUUCAUUAAAACACAGUGCCAUGGGUAA